AUGAAUGAUUUUAUUUUCAGGGACAUUAAGUUGAGAAACAACUGCGAAAGAACCCCAUGCCAUGUCAUCAAGAGCAAGGUUGCAACAGUAAAAGAUUCGACCUCUACCCCUCCUGCUUCCUUAAUUAGAGAACCACACAAGUAUUUCGAUCAGGUUGUUAUAACAGUACGUUCUGGUGAUGGAGGGCAUGGUGCAGUCCUUACAAUGCCUGGUCAAAGAAGUCCUUCAAAAUCGCAAGGAAGAGAUGAUCAAAAUCAAGCAAGGCAAAGGAGUUCAUAUAAAAGGGAUUCUGAUGGAUCACUUAUACUGCCUAUGGGUGGACAUGGUGGAGAUGUGAUUAUCUUUGCAGAUGAGAGUAAAGAUUCUCUUCUGGAAUUACACAGAAAAAGUCGGCAUAAUGCUAAGCGUGGGGGAAAUGUUGAUGCUAUGGGUGUUCUGACUUCUCAGCUGCGUGACGGAUCUGCUGCAUCAACAUUGCGUAUUCCAGUGCCUGUAGGUUUGUAAGUUGCUUAAUUGUUUCUCUUCACCAUGAGAUUAUAUGAAAGGAGUGACCUGUCUGAAUAGAUGUUUUGUAUUUUAUAGUCGUUUACUCGUACAUUUUUUGGGCUUCACCCCAUUGUAUUGAGAACAUGUAACUAGGUAAUCAAGUUUGGUCUCUAUUUUCCUUAAUUAGAACACAAUUAGAUAAUUUCAAGAACCAAAUUAUCAUGAGUCUGCCAUCGUACACAUCUCAGGAACAUUUUAAUGAUAAGAAUGGUAGACAUGUGUGAAGGAUUAAUAUGUUUUCGAAUUCACUUCCCUAGUCGGAUAUUCGGGAUAUAGUUUUAGAACUAAAAGUUGAAACAUGUUUGCCUGGUGAAAAUUCUUUCUUAGUUUCCCAGCCCAUACUGCGGCAUUAUUUAUUUUCAGAAACUCAGUGAGGUACAAUGAUGUAGAAACAUGGUAAUUCAAUUUUAUUUGAUUGAAGAAAUGGCCACGUCUACCAUUUACCAAUUCUGGAUGUAAUACAAUUUUUAAUUUCAGAAAGUCUUUUCUGAUAUGCAUUUUCAUUGUAUAUUUAGGUUGACUAUAUUUCGCAGAUCUGUCAACUAUUCUCAUUUUUAAGCACCUAUAUCUUGAUAAAUUUUGUAGAGUUGUGAUGAGAGCCAUCUCUCUAAUGGCCUGUAGUUCCUACAGGAACUGUUGUAAAGCGCAAGAGGGGAAAGUUUAUAGCAGAUCUUGCACAGCCUGGUGAUGAAAUUUUGGUUGCAAGAGGUGGACAUGGAGGGGUGAGUCAUGCUUAUUCGUUUGUAUAACUUCCCUUUGCUACAGAAUGGCUAUAUACCGAUCCUUUAAAUGUUAAUUGAACAUCACAGGCAGGUACAUGAUUUUUUUUCUACAAGAUUGUUGCUUGAGAAUACCAGGAGUACGUUCAAACGUGGAUGAACGUUGUUCAUUUCGCUUGUUCCUAUCUAUUAUACUUAAUUUGAAGAUUUAAUACAUUUAAGCCUCAUCAUGUUGGUCAACUCAAAAGGUAGUUGUCCACAGUUGUUUAGCCCUUUAUAAGAUUCCUGUCUUUCUUUCCUAGAUAAGGUUGGGAGGUAAACAAUAUGGCACACCAACAGCUGAUGCCUGCAACAGCCAGGGCUGUCUGGAAUGCUUUUAUUUAGGAUAACGAUCAAACUCUAUGAAGCAGUUGUCCUUAAGGUUUAUUAAUGAUGAAUUCUUUUCAUUGGAAUCCUUGAUUUCCUUGAUAAGAAAAACACAUUCUCCUGUAACGGAGUACUCUUUGUACCAUUGGAAAUAUGUUUUUCGACACAUAAUUCUCUUAGUUUUCAUUUGUGUUGUCAAAGGUUACCUUAGGCAAUGUUGUAAAAUGUUACAUUGAAAUAUUGUGAUUUUGUAGAGAAAGGAGAAUCAGGUUGGAAUGUGAAUCUAGGAAAGAAUAGUGAAUAGGAAUUCGUGGGUGGCAAUACAAAUUCAGGAAAUUGUAGAACCAUUGUGAAAGUUUUCUGGUGUCUUACCGGUUUAAUAAACUGCUUUAUCAGUUGUACACUCCCCGUUUUCACAGUUCAUAGCGUUUAUUUCAACCAACUUCAUAUGGUAUGCGUUCUCUACAUAGUUGCAGGUUUCUUGAUGACUACAAUGAUAACGAUGUUUAAAACUGACCAUCAGAUAAAAUUUAACCCACUAUCAGUAGUGGAAAGUCUGUGGUACUGCCCCAAAUUUCUAAAUAUGUGAAUGUUUAGUGCCCCUGACGACAGUUCGUUCUGUGAUCUUUUGUCUCGUACUUAGGUAUUUUAUACUAGUUUAUAAGCUUAAAUUAAUAUUAAACCAAAUUAUUUAACAGUAUUUAUGGAAAUGUCACCCGUACAUAAAUGGAUAAUUAAUAUUCAUUCGUAGAGUACUGUCAAAGACGUAAGAAAUGUCAUUCAUGUAAUAGGCUUCAUAAUCUAAGAAUCGCUAGCAUGCCUUAGACUGUGUAUCAAGCAAUCCUUUGACUAAGAGAAACAUUUAUUUUCUUCGUGAGAGUAUCACGACAUUGUUGAAAAACCCUGAUUUCGUAGUCUUAGUUGAUCACAUUUAUUGAGUUUAAGGUUAUUUGCAUUGGGAUUCUUUUUUCGGGUAUAGCUUUUAGUUGUCCAAGAACACACUUAAAGGAUGCCUACACAGGCUUCCCAACCGGGUUGGUAGGACUCUGAACUCGAAACUGAAGUGAUGAAGGCGAGAAUUUUUCUGGCCUUUGCCUUCGCAACAGAAAAACUUGCCUUUCUGUGGUGCCAUGUUGCCUAAGUGAUGCCUUGAAACUAUGUUCUAAGUGAGUCUCCUUUGAAUUUGUGGUUAUUUUAAUUCACCUGGAAAACACCCUUUCAAUUUAUUUAUUGAUUAUACGUCCCUAGAUAUGUAUUCUUAUUUCUCUUUUAUUUUGAAGAUUCCUGAUCAACUCUUACAUUAUUUUUUAUGUAUGGUGCAUAUGCUACCAUGAAACUACUAUAUCUGUGAACUUCUGCAUCGUCUGAACUUUAUCUGUUUUUUUUUUUACUUUGCUGCUGCAGAUUAGCUUGAUUGAGAUGCCCGCACAUAGGAGGAAACGGGUGAUAAACUUAACUACUAACGUGAUGAGAGAUGAAAGUGACAAGGUAGACAGCUGAUUGCUUUGGAACUCAAGCCAUUUCUGUUAUCUUUGUAUCUAGCCAGUACAUUAGAUAGAAACUGAAAAUAUUUUUGUUAUCUAUGCGUUUGAUACUUCUUCUCUUACUGUUCCUUUUCGGCAGUAAAGCUGUAAUGAUGGAAAAAGUUCAGCGAGACUGGAUAGCCUAUUUUCUCUAUUUCUCUAUCUUUCUGUCUUCAUCCCUCCUUUGCAAGUGUUAGGAUGGGAACUAACUUUCAUGGUUGUGAUGUAUGGAAAAAUUAAAGUGACCUGUGUCAUUCAUAUUUACAAGAAUUUAACCAAUGAAGCAUGUAAUGAAAGGAAGAUCCGUAAUAUUCUCUUCCUGUGCUGAAUAUUUUGCGGGAAACUUGACCAUUUAAUAUGUACUCAUCUUUUAUUAUCUACAAGGCAGCUAAUCUUGCGACAAGGUUUGAUUGUCAAGUUCAGCUGGCUAGACUGGUCUUGCCAGCUUUCAGCUUAGAGGCUGUCAUUUUUCUUCUCCUCCCCUAAUAUGGUUAAUAUUUGGAGAGAUAUAAGAAAGGGGAAGUCUGGUAGUAUCAGCCGGGCAUUUUAUUGUCUUGGUGGAGAGAAGAGGAAAAAAAUCCCGGUAAUACCAGCAUGCCAUUUCAGUAACGGGUGUAUUUGAAAUUAGGAAUUACAUUCCUUGCAACUCUUAAAUGCAGUAUCUACUGAAAGGAUUAUGUGUCUUAUUGUCUGGUUAUUUUAUUACCUUCUAAUGUAUCACAGGUACUAGUUCUUGGUCAGCCUGGAGAAGAAGUUAGCUUGGAAUUGAUACUUAGAGUUGUUGCUGAUGUUGGCCUAGUGGUAUGUGGUAUGCUGUCUGUAAAACUUUCAACAUUAUUCAUACAGGGUACCAUUUCUUGUUAUUUUAGCUGCAUGGUAAAUUUGAUAAAUGUUUUUAUGAUAUACCUGAGAUUAAGACUAGUUUCCUUUUAGAGAUGGUCUCGAACCUGAAAACAGAUGAUGGAUAUAAUGAAAAGCCUUAUGGAUGCUUCAGAUCUCUCCUGAUAUAUUAAAAAAAUGGUUUUCUGUUCAUGGUGUUCCUUGAAAUAUGUAAACACAGUAAAUUUUCAAUCCUUUAGUUAUAAUAACCUUGUUAAAUGACUGUACGAACUUGAUUAUUGUACUACCAUUUGAUUCUCAGUCUGCACGUUCAACUCUUGGUUGAAGCUAGUUUUCUUCGUCUUCGACUUUGCAAAGUUUUUCUAUUCACCAUUUCAGUCAUAUGCGUGCGAAAUUACAUUCCAUUGCGUUUUCUUUUGAAAAAGUAACUGGAACAACAUAAUGAAGACCAUGGCUUUUUGACAUUUAUCAUUAAUGUACUGAAGUUUGCAGAUUCAAAACGUACAAAUUUGCAGUGUUAAUUGUGAAGUUUUAGUGGUACAUCCCUAUUACUUUGUAAAGGACGAGCGGAGACAUAUUUUUUAACGUUGAGGACUGGCUAUGAAAAAUUCUAGCAUAUGGUCCAAGAGCAGGCGAGUAUGAGGAGGUAAUUUAGAAAAUAUAUAUUUAUAAAGUUAGUUGAAAGGUCUAGGAAAUAAGGCAUAUGAAAAAACCGUUAAACAUUAAUCUCCCCUCAUGUACUUAUGUAGACAUUUGGAUUGUUUUUUUCAUUCCAUAGUAUUGAUUAUCAUGUGAUAACUGCCUUCUACUGAAAUAUGUCUGUUUAUCCUUAAGAAUUCUCCAGAGUCUUUGGUAGCAUGCGAAUGCCUUGACCCCUGACAUUACUUACAUGUGGCAAUCUUUAUUUUUCAAGGGUUUGCCAAAUGCAGGAAAAUCUACACUUCUGGCUGCUGUCACACAUGCAAAACCUGAUAUUGCUGACUAUCCUUUCACGACCUUGAUGCCAAAUCUGGGGCGGCUUGAUGGUGAUCCUAGUUUAGGGGCAAUGAAAUAUUCAUCUGAUGCGACACUAGCAGACUUGCCUGGUCUUAUAGAAGGUGCUCAUCUGGGAAAGGUAAUAAUGAAUGAUCUCCUAAAACAUUCCAUCUGUAAUUAUGGUCUGAUUUCAUUCACUCUUUUCAGGGUCUUGGUCGAAAUUUCUUGAGACAUUUGAGAAGAACGCGAUUGUUGGUUCAUGUUGUUGAUGCAGCUGCCGAGGAUCCUCUCAAUGAUUACAAAACAGUAAAAGAGGUGACAUUUCUUCGUUAAAAUUCAGUACAAAACCAUUUGCCUUUUUGGGCUACUCCUCACAUGUGUCAAUGUCAUCAUAACCCUUUAUCUGAUAGGAUACCAUGGAGAUCCUCAUUCAGCACACCUAUUCGCUACUGUACCGCUUUAGUUUAAUGGCCAUCACUUUCGAAAAAAUAUCCAGAGAAUGCACACUGUAUAGGCCGCAUUCAGCACACUAUAUCAUUAACCAGUCCCGUGACUCGUAACCUUUUGAAUGAAAUCCAUAUCUUAUGGUCAAAAGAACGAAAAGAAAUAUAUUCAAAGAUGUAUACGAAAGAAAAUAAAUGUUUUCUAUUCUAUUUUAGGCUUCUGAGUAUUCCAACCUUAUUUAAGAUUGGAAUUCCUUGGUAAAGUUACACCAGUGCUUGGAAUGGACUUUACUAUGUUAUACCUCAUGGCACAGUGAGAUUUCAAUCAUAAUUGGCUCCUGGGUAUUUAAGAUAAUUGAGAUGGAAGAUGCCUUGGAAUAAAAGAAGACCCUGGGUAUUUAAGAUAAGGAGAUAGUUAUGAGAAAAAUAUAGAGCUUUUGGGCUGCAUUUAUGAAAUACAGCAUAUGUAUACCGUUUUUGGUUUUACACCGUAGCUCCGCUGUCACAGGUGGCAUCUCAAGUAGAUAUAUUCCGUCAGGAAAUUCAAUUAUUGCUGUGAGGAGACACGACCGCACAAUUGCCAAGCUCGCAACUUGGCAAGGUUGGGGUUAUAAGCUCUAAUUCCAAAAAUAUCAGGCAGUCCCUAAAUUACUGUCAUUAAUUUAUCGGGUCAAUCAGUGUCGGAUCUGCUGUUCUUAUUCCAAUUUGUUUUAUUUUCGGCUGAUUUGUCCGUUUUCAAACUUGAAAAUUGACCCUGAUUUUUUCUAGACUAGGUGAUGUUUGGCCAAGCGUUUUCAACAUUAGCUUAUCUGGAUAAAAGUUAACUGAGUUUUUGAUGCAUGCACUUUGAGGAUAUAUCAUGGACUAAGAAAGAUAGGAUACUUGAAAUCCGUUUAUUUUAGAUAAAUGAAUGCCUCUUCUAUUGAAUACUCUCGUAUCUUAUUUAUUGGAUGGAAACUUGUUCGUUGAUUUUUCUUUCAGCUUAAAGAUAAGUUCAACCGAAUACCAUGGUUUUAUUGUGGUUAUAUAGAAAUAUUAACCAUUUUAACUAGAUGAUUAUAUUAUAACAAAAGUUGCUAUUGUUAUAGAUUUUUGUGACACAUUGAAUCAAGUAAUGUAAGGCAAGAGUACUGAAGUAUAUUUGUAUAAAGGGGAGAAUCGAUGUCCAAGGCAGAAAGUAAAGCUAGCACUUUCUGUUUGGACCACAGUUCAACCAGUCAGUUAAAAGUUCAAUAGUGAGAUUUUUUUUUGGUGACUUCCAGUAUUCUGUGAUGGAAAACAAUUGUCUAAUUAUUCAAUCCCAGUUAUUCAAGUUUAUACGUAACUGGAUAGGUUGAAAUUCAAGCUUUCCUUUAUUAUAAUACUUCGCACCUUCUAGAUGUUACACCUGAGAGUGUGAAUCUGUCUUUGGUAACCCAUGUAACUUGUUCUGGCAACCAUCAGAUAUCAACAAAUGGUUUGCAGGUCAUCGAAUCUGUUCUGUACAUCAGAUAAAUUUCUGAUUCUCUAACUACAGAAAGUUUCUUCUCAUCCGUGUAAGGAAAUGAUGGGGUAAUCCUUGUCCACAUUGAACCUUGACCAGUUGCGGAAGUUUCAUUAGAUGUAGCUCUUCCCUGAAGUGGGUAAUUCUAAUCACAAGGAUUCAUAUUGCCCUUUCAUUCCUGUCUUCCAUGAGUCCCAUAUGCGAACAUAAAUCAUCACAAAAAUGAUUGAGCUACAUCGUAUCACCAGAUUCUAUUGAUGUCUAAUGCGUGAAAUAGGAAAGAAGUUCAAGGUAGUGAGCUGUGAUGAAUUGGGAGAAUCAAUGCUACUGCCUCUGAAGUACUUUUCAGUAUUAAGGCUAAAUGAAUCAUGGUGGAAGGUGUUCAUGUUUAUCUUUUUGUUGGGUUGGAAUGAAUACUAUGAAUGUCGUAUUUAAAUUAUCCACUUAUGGUGUAUAUCCAAUCAAAUGAUUUAUUUUAUUUUUAUGAAUGCUUCAACAAAUCGACAAAACUUGUGGUAGAAUUAUGUUUUAUUGAAAUUUUGCAGGAGUUACGAAUGUACAAUCCCAGCUAUCUUGAGCGACCUUAUAUUGUUGUGUUAAAUAAGAUCGACCUCCCAAAGGUGUGUCUGAAGGACUAUUUGUUGAAGUUAUGAGACAUGUUUAUGCCAAUAGUUUUGUCUAUUUUGCUAAUGGUGCCCUUAAGUAAGUCGUGGUUUGCAUCUGCAUGAAUGGCCAAGCUUGAACUUUAUUGGCAUCCAUGUCUGGUAUUUGGGUUUCAUGUUCACUCAUCUGACCAAGUGCAUAUUCAUAUCAAUAUACUAAUAAUUAUUUUUAAUAAAUUCGAAUUUCACCUCAUGAAAAGUUUAUACAGAUAUUUAUCAGUUAUUUUUGAACUUUUAGUGUUUUAAACUAAAUUUCGAGUAAACCUCGGUCUUGUUGCCUAGAGUAAGGCAGUGGAUUUCUGGAAGAUCUAUCCGUGGAAGAUGUUGAUUCAGCUCAAAAUUGAGCUGUUGUUUGUAUAUUUUUAAAUGCAGCCAAAAUUGUCUGUUGACCCAACUAUCGAAAUGUCAAUAUUCUAUACUAAACUUACCUUGUAUUUGCCGAAUGUUUUAAUUUGAUGCAAUGUUAUAUCCUUUUUUUAACUUAAUUCUUAUGAUAGGCUAGUGUUAGGUGGCCAUCAUUAGCUCAAGAGAUAUCCAUCAUUGGAAAAAAGGCUGGACAUUCUGAUACUCGGACUAAAGCUGAGCAACUAUCUCAAGCUCUGGAAGAGGAUGCUGUGCCAUCUUCUGUGGAUUCUACAAAUGUGGACAAGGAAAAACAACUAGAGGAUUAUCCACGACCUCUUGCUGUUGUGGGUGCUAGCUUUCUGUAUGUUUUCUAAACCUGAUCCUUCAUUAUUUUUUAAUGCGAUUUUUUUUUUUUUUUUUUUCUGUAACACAAAGUUACUUAUAGAUCAAGGCUCCUCGAUAGAAUGAGGAAUGGGAUACAGCUACUCUAUGGCAUGAUCUUAGUAAGAUAUAGUUACGACCCGCCUAUUUUUUUUCACUCGGAAGGUCAACUAUGGGAAAUACUGUUAAAAUGCUGCAAAAUUCUUGAAAACCAUGCUUAUGCUGAUGAGGGCUCAGUAUGGGCACACAACUCUGCUUGCUGUUUAUGUUGUGUGACAAAACCCAACCCUACCAGGCUUUGUGCCUGUGCCUCUCAUCGUUACAGAUGAGAACACUCUUGAGCAUUAAAGUUAUUCUGAACACUAUUUGUCUCCUGCCUGAAUCAUUAUCUCCCCGUUCAACAGCUUCUGCAUUGUAUGAACAUCUUAAGCAAUAGCUCAUCAUUCGUGGGGAGAAGUAAUCCACACCUGAGGCUGUUAAGCCACUCUGAGUCUUAUUUUUUAUUUAUUUUUGUUGGUGGUGGACUCAAUAUUCUUGUCUCCUCACUGGAGGAAUGUUGCUCGCUGUUGUGACUGGCAGGAAGCGCAUCGGCAUCGAGGAGAUGCUGAAAGAGAUCAGAUCAGCCCUGAACAAGUGCCAAUCUCUGAACGACGACGACGAUGCUGCCGCUGCAUAG